CUCAGGUUAAAGCGACGCCGCCGCCGCAAGCCGUCCGCCUUGCCCUUCAGCUUCCUUGAAGGCUUGGUCCUCCUCCGUGUAUCUCCACCCCACAGAUCCGCCGCCGCCUCUAGCUAGGGUUACGUUUCCUCUGCAGCGAUGGCGAUCAAGCGGACCAAGGCGGAAAAGAAGCAGGCGUACGACCGCAAGCUGUGCAGCCUGCUCGAUGAGUACACCAAGGUGCUCAUCGCCCUCGCCGACAACGUCGGCUCCAAGCAGCUCCAGGACAUCCGCCGCGGGCUGAGGGGCGACUCCGUGGUGCUCAUGGGGAAGAACACGCUCAUCAGGCGCUGCAUCAAGGCCUACGCCGACAAGACUGGGAACCACACCUUCGACCCGCUCAUGGACCUGCUCGUCGGCAACGUCGGCCUCAUCUUCACCAAGGGAGACCUCAAGGAGGUCCGCGAGGAGGUGGCCAAGUACAAGGUUGGUGCUCCUGCUCGUGUUGGGCUGGUUGCUCCAGUUGAUGUCGUUGUCCCCCCUGGCAACACUGGCCUGGAUCCCUCCCAGACCUCUUUCUUCCAGGUGCUCAACAUCCCCACCAAGAUUAACAAGGGUACUGUGGAAAUUAUUACCCCUGUGGAGCUUAUCAAGAAGGGUGACAAAGUGGGCUCAUCUGAGUCUGCUCUUCUCGCCAAGCUGGGUAUCCGCCCUUUCUCGUAUGGUCUCCAGGUCACCAAUGUCUAUGAGGAUGGGUCAGUCUUCAGCCCUGAGGUUCUUGACCUGACUGAGGACGACCUUGUUGAGAAGUUUGCCACUGGUGUCUCCAUGGUUGCCUCUCUGUCCCUGGCGCUCUCUUACCCCACCCUUGCUGCUGCGCCCCACAUGUUCAUCAAUGGGUACAAGAAUGUGCUUGCUGUUGCUGUGGAGACUGACUACUCGUACCCGCAUGCUGACAAGAUCAAGGAGUACCUCAAGGACCCAAGCAAGUUUGCUGUUGCUGCCCCGGUUGCUACUGCGGACUCUGGUGCUGCAGCUGCUCCCAAGGAAGAAGAGAAGAAGGCGGAAGAGCCUGCUGAGGAGUCGGAUGAUGACAUGGGUUUCAGCCUGUUCGACUAGAGCUGCUCAGAUCGUCAAGAAGCUGCAAGUUUUGGCAUUUGUUUAUGAAACACCAAAAGUACUGUUUACCUUAUUGUUUAGCCUAUCAGGCGAAGAACUAUGUUGUCCUAGUGUAACCGACGAUGGUAUCUUGUGCUAAGCAUUUGUGAUGUUUCUAUUGCUGUUUUU